CCUUGGAGUGUAGCACGUCGCUCGCGUAGGGAAAAGGAAGCACCUCCCACAUCCGACGAGUGACGGUGAGUCCCUCCCCCUCCGUCUCCUCGUUCUUGCAUUUUGUCGCUGAAUUCUUCUUUCUCUUCCUCUUUCUUCCUCUUGACCUUGACUAACAGUGCCUCAGUGUCUCAUCUCCUCAUCUUGUCCAGGUUUGAUCCAUGGAGUCCCCGCAAAAGAAGGCUCCUGCAUCCAUGGACGGCAGUGCUGCCGGUGACCCUGUCCCUGGCCAAGAAGACGCCUCGUCCUGAUCUUGUCCGAGGAGUCAGUUCAUGGGCGCUCCUCACCGCCUGCCACAUCGCGCUCUCCUUGGCCAUCGGCACCGUAAUAGCCUACGCACUCUACCACUUCCACGUCCGUUGCAGCCAGGUACGCCCGAUUCCCCUUGCCCUACCCCUUGGCUGCUGCCCUUCUCCAUGCCUUCUCAAUUUCCACUCCUCCACAGUCCUCCUUCUUUCUGCGCUGCGACCAGCUUACGGACGCGGAGGAAGCCAUGGUGAACGCCCUAGGGAUCGGGCUGCUGUGCUGCCUCGUGCUCCAGGCGGCCGCGGCGGUGCUGGCCCUGCGGCUCCCGUGCCGCCGCCGUCGCCGCGCCCUCGCCUACCUCGCGCUCGUGCUCACUAUCGUCGGCCACUUCAUCAUGGCCGCCAUAGCCCAUAUCCUCCUCGUCGCCGACCCAGGAGACCUCUUCUUCCGGAUCUGCUCCACCGGGGGCCUCUUCAUCUACGCAGCGGGAGACAUCAUCAGCUUCUUGGCCCUCCUCCUCGGCAGCGGUGAGGAGUAGGACUGAGAAGCAGGGGUACGUAGGCAGCGUCGCAGCGAUCAUGUCCAUGGAUCAGCUGGUGAGGUACUAAUGAGGGACUGAUAAAUAAUGAGUAGGAGUAUGCAUUAUGCUAGCUGCCACAAUUGACCGAGUGCCGUAUGCGUGAAUCUACCAGUGUAGUCGACUGUUAAUUGGAUAGAUCGGAGAUGCUAGUACGUAUUUGUGUAAUGUGUUACGUACCCUGAAUUGUGCCCGUCUUUGAUGCAGUAGUAUUCCACCUUUCCUCUGUAGUAUGAUCAGACAUCAUUUAUAUGCUUAUUUAUCCAGCUUCGAUAUAAUUGAUGUUGGUGAGAUUGUCACUUCAUGCAGUAUAGGAGUAUAUGUUAACUAUGGUUUUUCAUGCAACCGCUGGCUAAUCCACUGGGGAUAAAGCUGUUGUUCCAA